CUGACUCAGUGAUCGGGGAGUUGUUGCAAAGGAUGCCACCAGUCAGAGGAAAACCAUCACAAAACCUUUCAGAUGUUUUAUUUAUCGAGUGGACAAACAACAGCUUCGUAACCAUGCAUGCAAUAGCAUGUGAUUAUGUUGACUUUUCUCUGAGGAUUUCAUUUUUCAAAUAUAAUUCGCUCUACCCGGAGGACGACCGUUUGACUGGAAAGAGAGACUGAAAACCCUAAGGUGAAAUGCUCUUUUAAAGAUAACUAUAAAGUUGUCUUUAUGGCGUUUCAAGAUGACAGAGCCUAACUUGAGGAACGAAAGCAACUAUGGGAUCUAUUUUGCUGAAACCUUCAAUGGAUCUCUUGUGGACCAAAACGACAGCAUCACGCCAUGUGCGAACUUCACAAUGGACUCAAAGGUAGUCGGGGUUGGCGUCUUUCUCGCCGUCUUUAUUUCGGUGGCAAUUGUUGGCAACAUUUUGGUUAUCCUGUCUGUUGUCUGCAAUAAACAUUUGCAGACUGUCACAAACUUCUUCAUUGUCAACUUAGCCAUCGCGGACCUGCUUCUGAGCAUUAUUGUGCUGCCUUUCUCUGCAUCUCUGGAGGUUCUGGGAUGCUGGGUGUUUGGCCGUGUUUUCUGUAACAUCUGGGCAGCGGUGGAUGUGCUCUGCUGCACCGCAUCCAUCCUCAGCCUCUGUGUAAUCUCCAUCGACCGGUACAUAGGUGUUAAACACUGCCUGAAAUACCCAACUAUAAUGACAGAGAGGAAGGCAGUGGCUAUUUUAGUGUUAGUUUGGGUAUCAUCCACUGUUAUCUCCGUUGGACCGCUCCUCGGAUGGAAGGAACCGCCGCCUGUGGACGAGAGAAUCUGCAAAAUCACAGAGGAGCCGGGCUACGCGCUCUUCUCCUCUCUCUUCUCCUUCUAUCUCCCGCUUAUGGUCAUUCUCAUCAUGUAUUUUCGGGUCUACGUGGUGGCCCGCAGGACUACUAAGAGUCUAGAAGCGGGCGUCAAACGAGAGAGAAAUAAGUCGAUCGAAGUGGUCCUCCGGAUACACUGUCGCAGCGUGCUGGAGGACGCGCGCCCAAGCAGCUCAAAAAACCACCCGUUCCGGAGUUCGCUCUCAGUGCGACUGAUGAAAUUCUCCAGGGAGAAGAAGGCUGCUAAAACCCUCGCUAUAGUGGUGGGGAUGUUCAUCCUAUGUUGGAUGCCCUUUUUCUUCUUCCUGUCGAUGGGGACCAGGUUGUCGUCCGCCAGACUGACCGGAUGCAUCGGUGUGCCUUCCAGGCGUCUGCAGCACGACAUCACUCUGCUGUCUCACUCCAUAGUGAGACUAUCAGAACAGCCCUCCAUACCCUCCGAGGCUUCAGAGGAGAUAGAGGAAAGUGCUGCUGGAUGCUCCAAUCAGCCCCCAGCAGCAGCGCCCCCAGCAGCAGCGCCCCCAGCAGCAGCGCCCGCAGCCAUGGCCACUGCACACACCUCCACUCAUCCCCUGAACGUGUACGCACCGCAUGAUGAGAGCCGGAGUGAAACGCAGCGUGUGGAGGCUCCCUCACAGCCCUUUCGGUCCAGGCCCACCUUGGGUUGCCUCAUGGGCAGCGGCGGCGAGGGCUCUGGCGUGGCUCGUCACAUGACGACCACAGCACAUCACGAGCAUAAGAAUGAGUGA